CCCUUCUUUUCGCAGCUUCUGAUGAACUGGGUGCGAUGAAUUUUAACCACGAAGAAGGCCAUGCAUGAUCUGACAAUCAAGCUGCUCAGUUCCUCCAGGAGGAUCGAUCGGUGCUCUGUAUCCAUGCAAUCGCAGAAUCGUGAAAGACGUCGACAUGCAGCAGUUGAUCGAAGACAGUGGCAGCUGAUUGUGGCAUUGCAGGAUUUGAAAAAACAUGGCGUGGCCUGGCGAUCGACACAACGUCGAAGCAGUUCCAAUUUCCCUACUUGCUCUGUGUCGGUGUAACGCCUCUUUAAAAAUUCGGCUGCUGUUAUUGUGAGAUACAAUCUGUCGCCACAUGUAGAAAUCCUCGCGUAUACAGAGAACCCGUGAUGCCCGUGGCUUCUCUCCGCUUCGAAUCUUGAGACAGAAUUUUCGCCUGAUGCAAUCACAAUGGCGCGAGUAGCUGGGCGCCAUACCACUACCGAAAUAGGUACAGAGAGAAAUUACGUUCUGGAGCAAGGUCUCGUACCAUUUCUCCCAGAUGACGUUGCCCUCCAAUGUCUCCUACGAGUUCCAGCGAAAUCUCACCCUCAUCUGCGGGGCGUCUGCCGAAAAUGGAGAGAUCUAGUUAAUAGCAGGCAAUUCUACGAGCUCCGGCAGAAGGAGGGCACCACGGGGCGUUGCACAUGCUUGCUGCAAGCCAUGCAGCAGAGAAACUCGCACCAGGCUCCCGUAUUCGGGGUGAGCCUCUUGAACGAGAAAAAUUCAUGGGGAAGGCUGCCACAGCUCCCCGAUUUCGAUCAUCACAGCCUCCCGCUCUUUUGCCGAUUCGCAUCUGUCGAGGGGAAUCUAGUGGUGCGCGGAGGAUGGGACCCCUCAACCACGGAGGACCUUCAAUCGGUCUACAUCUUCAGCUUCUCCUCGAGAACCUGGCGCCGCGGUGCGGAUAUGCCAACGACACGAUCCUUCUUCUCAUGCGGUGCCCUAAAUGGUCACAUCCUAGUCGCUGGAGGCCACGACGCAGAUAAAAACGCUCUUCGCAGCGCCGACUGCUACAACCUCAGAGAAAACUGCUGGAAAUCGUUACCAAACAUGAGCGCUGAACGUGACGAAUGCGCGGGUGCCGUUCUUGAUGGAAAGUUCUACAUCAUCAGCGGAUACCCUACACUCUCGCAAGGGGAAUCCUGCCGCGACGCCGAGAUUUACGACCCCGAGCUCAACAAAUGGAUGCCAUGCCCAAACAUGUUUGGGCAUGCUGGCUCUGGAGUCCAAGCCCGAGAGACCGAGCAGCGUCAUUGCCACGGCGGGUCGUCUCUUCGCCAUCCACCGCAACGAACUUGUGAGCUACUCUACAAAGAGAAACUUCUGGGAGGUGGUGGACACGAUGCCCGGGGGGGAUGCAGGAAUUGCCUAUGCUACCUGCGCCACGGCGUUCGGCAACAGUAUCGUUGUGACUGGCCCCUCCAGUAGCGAUGGGGGGAGCCACAGAACGCUCCUGUACACAUUGCCAUCUUCAGCGGUGCCAGACAGUAGGUUGGGGUGCAAGCAACUUGGGUUGGGAGAUGGUGCCUGUGCAUGAGCCAUACCUGGGCGUUGUUCAAGUGUCCUGCGUCGUCGAGGUUUGAAGGUCAUUGUAAGCAGGUUGUAUCAUAGAUCAUGUUCUGUAAAUAGUUUCUUUCCGUCAAUCACAUGUAGCCUGCACGUUUGUUGUUUCUACCGACGCGUGCAGAGCACAGUCGGUGAUCCAUUUAAGCAGUCACACUGCUAUGGCAGUUUUGAAACUUACAAAUCAUGAAUACACAUGUGGGCAUGGUGCAAAUCAGGACAAGUAGAAAACAUGUAAACCCAAAAGUGUUUCCAUCAAAUAAAUCAUCUAUCUCUAUGCUGUCAGACUGCAGGAAAUGCUGUUGACAUUUCCACCGUA